GGCACACUGCAUUGAAGACCCACGGCUGUAUGUUUAGUGGGAGAAUUUCUCGACCUGUAUGGCCAAUUUCUCAUUUUGACAUAAAACUAAAGGACAUUUCAGAUCUUGAUUAACAAUAGUACCGGCAUGAGGCAAAGAUGUACGAAAUCAUGACUAUGUCUUCAAGGAAUAUGGACAUUAUCACUCUCCGUAUCGCUGUGAAAAAGUGCCAGGGUGUCAGAUCAGACAGGUACUGAGUGCAUUUGAACGUCCGGAGCUGGGCUAGCAGGCUAGCUAGCUAGCUAUCUUGUUUUCACGUUGACAGAGGCUGUGGUUGCCUCUGAAGGCCUUGGUCAGCAAUGGGAAUCCUUUUUACCAAGCUGUGGAGACUUUUUAACCAUCAAGAGCACAAAGUCAUUAUUGUGGGUUUAGAUAACGCAGGGAAGACCACCAUCUUGUACCAGUUCUCUAUGAAUGAAGUGGUGCACACCUCUCCGACGAUAGGCAGCAACGUGGAGGAGAUCGUGGUCAACAACACCCAUUUCCUCAUGUGGGACAUCGGAGGACAAGAGUCCCUGCGCUCUUCUUGGAACACGUACUACACCAACACAGAGUUUGUGAUCGUGGUGGUGGACAGCACAGACAGAGAGAGGAUCUCCGUGACCAGAGAGGAGCUCUAUAAAAUGCUAGCCCAUGAGGACCUGAAGAAGGCUGGCCUGCUGAUCUUUGCCAACAAGCAGGACGUGCGGGGCUGCAUGACGGUGGCCGAGAUCUCCCAGAGCCUGCAGCUGACCUCCGUCAAGGAUCACCAGUGGCACAUCCAGGCCUGCUGCGCCCUCACUGGGGAGGGGCUGUGUCAGGGCCUGGAGUGGAUGAUGUCACGGCUGAGGGUCAGAUGACCUCCGACCCCAGGCAGUAUUGGACUCUUUUUCCCCUCGGCGUGAGCUUGCACUCGCGAAGACGACCCGGCAACACUGCAGGACUCUCACGGUUAUUUAUUACAAGCAGCAUUCUGACUGAGAUCUGUGAACAACAAAACUCUCCUCCUCCAGGACUCUUACGAAAAGCGACUUUUUGUGUUACCACGGUUACCUCCAAAGACUGGGAGAAAAGCUUGGACUGAGCGGACUCUUCUCUGGCUGUGAACCAGUGCAGAGUAGCCUUGUAGUAUUGGCGGAGUACCGGAGGUGGUACUGGCCUGUAUGUACAGUAUUUAGCAUUACUUUGUGCCUGCAUCAGAACCCUUCAGUCGUGAGUGCUGAAGUGACAUAUAAAAGAAUGAGAGCUAAUCCAACCUUUCCUGGUCGUGUAAAGUUCAUUAAAAUAAAGUCUUUUUAUCCGUUA